CUGCUUCCUCAAGCUCUGAUAUCCUUGAUCGCUGCGUCAAAAGCUGCUUCAAAGAGGCGCCAGGACCCUCUCCUGGAAUCAUCCAGAGUAUUGGCGGCACCGUCAUGAUGUCAAAGGAUAUGCCCAAUGAGAACAUUGUGGUCCUCACACAAAGUGGCAUCCAUCUUCCUCAAACAGAGAAACCAAUACCUCCCAACACGGGACAGGAUAACCUGAUGAAGCAUGUAAAGGCAGAGAUUAAAGUUAUUGGGACCAUCCAGAUCCUGUGCGGGUUGAUGUUGUUGAGCUUGGGACUCCUUUUGGCAUUUUCUUCUUUUUCUCCUCAAUUCACCCCAGCCUUCUCCACCCUGCUGAAGUCGGGUUACCCUUUCAUCGGAGCCUUCUGGUUUGUCAUCUCUGGAUCUCUGUCGAUCGCUACAGAGAGAAAAUCAAGUAAGACGUUGGUAAAGGGAAGCUUGAUCACAAACAUUCUGAGCUGCAUAUCUGCUGUAGUGGGUUUCAUUCUCCUCUGUAUCAACCUGGAUGGUUUGGACCAAGCCACACUGAAGUGUAAUUUAGACAAAGAGGCUGUACCAACCAGACAUUUUUACUAUGGCUCUGACCAUGGUGAGGAGUGCCCCAUGAUUUCUGCCAGUUUAACUGGACUGUUGAUUCUGAUGCUGGUGUUCACUGUGCUGGAGUUCUCUCUUGGUGCGCUUGCUACUGUGCUUUGGUGGAAACAGACACGCUCUGAUUUCUCAGGGGGCGUGCUUUUCCUGCCUCGGAGUGCCAAGAAAAACUCCAACGUUGUUAAUUCUGGAUAUGAAGAACUAUUGAGACCUUAAGGGGGGAAAAAAACCAGGAAAAUAUUUGGCACAAACUGAAAUUUCAUGAUAAUAUGAAAAAUCCCACCAUUGUAAGAAAGCAAAGUUUGAGUCUCCUGAAAUGUAGGCACCUUUAUUUGUAAUAACCAUUAAACAAAGAAACCACUCAUUUCCUUGUCAUUAAAUAUAUGUGUUCCA